UUUAAAAAUAAUUUAUACCGGUGAUACAAAAGUCCUUCGAAAUGACAGCCGUUUGUAAAUAAACACCUAUUAAUAAUAAAUAUAUGCAUAGAUAAGCAAAAACAAAACACUAAAUUAAAGGAAAAGAAUCCAGUUCGCUACUGUAUAAAAAAAAUUAAGAAAAUUAAACAUUCUUGACCCCGCAAAUGCCUGCUAUGUCAAAGGACUUCUGGAUCACCCGAUAAAAAUGCUUCGUAAAAAUAUAUAUUACACGUAGGUGAAUGUUGUUAUUGUUUCGGAUCACGGGAUGACUACCAAAACUAUAUUCCGUACCAGAACCAUUAGUUUGGAUGACGUUCUCUCUCCUAAAGACAUCAAAGUUAUGCUAAAUGUACAUUACAAUUCCAUGAUAUGGCCCGUUGAAGGCAAGGAAGAAAAAGUUUACCAGAGUUUAAAGAACGCCAAAAAAGCGGGAUUGCAUGUUUAUAAAAAAGAGGAAUUAUCAGAUCAUUAUCAUUAUAGAAAUCAUAGACUUAUUGCACCAAUAAUCCUCUUUGCAGACAAAAACUAUAAUAUUUUACCGUUACGUAGUUCUUCUAAAGUGAAACCGUAUUAUCCUCUUGCAUCUAUUUUAACAUAUUUACAACCGGGACUUCAUGGUUUGGAUCCGUUUUCUGAAGGAAGUGAAGACAUGAGGACUAUAUUUUUCGCUUCGGGUCCAAGUUUCAAAAAAAAUCACGUGUCUCCUCCAUUAGAAAUGGUAGAUCAUUACAACGUUUUUUGUCACGUCCUUGGCAUAACGCCGCUUCCCAAUAAUGGUUCUUAUGAUCGAGUCAAAGAAUUUUUAAUUCCGAAAACUGUUUAUACAUAAUCUUGAAAAUUUUCAUUACGAGGAAAUAAUUUAUACAACUAUUUUUCUACAGCAUCUAUUUACAACCAAACUUUUAGCACACAAAUAAAUUUCUGUAUAUAAUUCUCACAUUUUCAACAUGUUAUUUUUUUAAAUUAAAGUAGUCAAGCAAUUGUAAAUUUAUAACUUUUUGGAUAAUUUUAUAUACUUUGU